AUGGACGAAUGCAGAAAUGACUUUUGUCCUAACUUCUUCCGACACCCUCUCCUUGAUUUCUGGAUCUAUCUUCCAAUUGAUGAGGUGAAACUAGUGAUUAGCAAAAACCAAACAAAUGUGGUAACUAUGAUAUUUAAUGGACGAAAUACAACCAUUGAAAGCUGGUUCUCUCAUAAAAACAUGAAAAGUUCACCAUGGAACGACCUGGCUUCAGCCACCGGAAUUGAAUUCUCAAUUAAGGGACACAAGUUUAAUCGUCGCUUCUAUAUAACAAUACAUGAUAAUUGUGACGGGGACAGAGGCUGGUUGACCAUCAAUGAGGGACCACUUGACUGUCAGUACGAAAAUUCAGAAUACUACCCUUUAAUUCGUUAUUCUGAUACAAAAUCGAAAGUCGUAUGGAACAACGGUUAUGCAUUAGCAGACUCCAUGGCCAUAUUCAUCCGCCUGAGGCAGCAGAACUAACCCAGCACAUGAUACCCAUUGAUACUAUUGAUGUUGUUAACGUCCAUACAAUCCAGUUGACCACCACUGGUGAUCCACACAAGUCACGUUUUACCUGUUAAUAAAGAAUC